AUGACAACCGAUGAUACAAGAAGACAGCUCUCAAGGAAGACAACUCGAGUUGCUAUAGACUCACCAAUGAAAACGCCACAUAAGAGUGGGUCAAAAGUCCAUUCUUCCCACCUGGGACUCACAGUCCCGGCUAGACUAACUGGCUCUCGGCUCAGUAAGCCCAGGUCGAAACCAUUUGACCCUGAGGAUGAAUAUUUCUUUGACAGCACAGACGAUGAAGAAGAGACUUCAGUUACAAAACCGAAGGAAGAUAGCUCAAAGCAGUUGAAUCGGGGAGCCGUUGUGUACCAGAAACUGUGCCGAAAGUACGGCAAGAUCCCUGUCAAGAACGUAAUGAAACAAUUCGGAAAGGGCUCCAUCUCACUGAAAGGCUUUAACCUCAGCAGGAAUGAACUAAAAGCUUUCUUUGUUGCUUUACUGGAAUAUUACGUAAACAGAGAGGGAGGAGAACCGAAUCCAGAUGAAACAGAUGAGCUAGAGAGUAUAGAACUUGGUGGAAAUAAGAUAGGCAAGAAACAGAUGUCCUAUGUAACAGAUUUUGCUGAUGCCCACAGAUCUCUUGUAAAACUCUCGCUCGUGGACUGUGAGUUGUGUUGCAGGGGUCUGAAGCAACUUGCCAACUUUAUGAGCCGAAACAGGACACUCAGACAUCUAGAUCUCAGUGAUAACAACUUUACAGACAAUGCAGGGGAAAGCAUAAGUCAAAUAAUUGAGAAUGGCGAGAACGUUUUAGAACUCGCCCUCCGAGGUAACAAACUGGCAGAAUGUGGAACAACGAUAGGGGAGGCGUUGAAAACAAACGACACACUGAAAGUAUUGGACCUCUCCUGGAAUCAUAUACGGGGAAAUGGUGCAAUAGGUCUUUGUAAAGGUGUACAGGUAAAUAAAGGACUAGAGACAUUACUUCUAUCCUGGAAUGGAUUUGGGUUCGAGGGAUGUACCGCAAUGGGUUAUGCACUUAAGGAAAACACAACUCUUCAAGCACUUGACCUGGCAAACAACAGAAUUCACCCACCAGCAUUGUUUGAACUCAUUAAAGGUUUAGAACAGAAUAAAGCACUGUCGGUACUAAAGCUUGGUUAUAACCCAAUAACUGCCAGUAUGACGAGCAUUCUGCUGACCAAACUACAUCAAGCAAAGGAAAGUAACAUUAAAGAACUGGAUCUCGCGGGCCUGAUAGUUGAUAAAGAGUUUGAAGGAAUAUUAAAGCAAAUUCAGGAAAGCCGAUUGCUGAUAGUCCGUUAUGAUCAUUCAUUGCCGCUUAACAAGGGCGAAAUAUCCCACGUCGAUCCCAAAAACAUUUUCAACAUUGACCCCAUCAGGAUUCUAUUCUAUAUGAAAGAGCACCUGCGAACAAUCGACCUGUUCCUGAAGGUGGACCGGGACGGCAGCAACAGUCUAUCCAGGGACGAGAUGAAAUUUGCUUUUGAGAGAGAAGGAUUCCCAAUAAGUGACCGUGCUCUAGAUACGGUCAUGAAUUAUCUAGACGUCAAUAAAGAUGGAGAAGUUGACUUCUUGCUUUUGUGUGGUAAAAUAAGCACAGAAAUGAGUACCUUAGAGGAUUCCCUCAGAAAUGAUGAGCACAGAGAAUUCAUAAACGGGGAACGACGACUAAAACGCGAUCUAAUAAAGGAACACGAAGAUGAAAUAAUUGCCGAAAAGGAGAAGGAUCAAAAAUACUCACAAGUAUUUACAACUCAAAAGAACAAUACCCCAAGAAAACUGCCUCCACUGAAUGGACCUAAAAUGAGCUGAAUGAAAUACUGUACGAAAGGGUUACAAAAAGAAGAACGAGUGCUUUAGAAUGUCAAUUGCGUUGAAUAGUAUUUUUCAAAGCUGAAAUAAGUGCUGAAACCAAUGAAACGUGUUUAUUAUUAUGAUUAAUCUGUAUAAAUAUAUCUAUGUUAUAACAUACAUAAAAUACCCAAGGUCGAUAACAGUAAAUACAAUGUUUCUCUAAAGGAGAAUACAUAUAUGAGCCGUACUAUGAGAAAACCAACAUAGUGGUUUUGCGACCAGCAUGGAUCCAGACCAGGUUUCUCUAACUGCAAUAGGUUUUGAAAGCGAAUAGCACGGAUCCUGACCAGACUGCGCGGAUGCACAGGCUGGUCUGGAUCCAUGCUGGUCGCAAAGCCACUAUGUUGGUUUUCUCAUGGCACGACUCAUAUCAGUUCAAUCUGUUAAAGGCUCACUUCUUUUUCUCACAAGUACCAGUUCUAUGUGAUAUAUGACUAACUCUGUGUUACUGGAAAACAAAUCAGAUAUCAUUUCUGGGAAUUUGUGUUAGUACUGUUAGAAAUAUGUUAUAUAUUUAGUCAGUCUGUCUACAGAGACAGUAUGAUAUAUAUUUACCAAUGUUAGUUCUAUGUGAUUCUUUUAAAAUUGUAUGUGUUUCUUACAAGGUAUUUGCUUGUUUUGUUCAGUAGUACAGAUCUUUCAUAAUAUUGAUGGUUUGAUACAUGCCAAAUAACAUUGCUGUUGUAUCAGCAUGCACGCUGACAAUUUAAGGUAGCUGGGCGAGCAGAUGUUAAUGAGCGUAUACAGUUGCAAAAUAUAUGUAACUGAAGUGCUUAUUCAAACGGACCAACAGAAUCCUGGAUAAUACACAAAUA